CACCAACCAAGCACACAACCAGACGUGCCGCGAAAAAAUCAGAGCAGACACACAGCACCGACCAACACAACAGGACCAACAGAACAGCACCAUGGCCGACAAGAUUGCUUACAGCAACAAGUACUACGACGAGACCCACGAGUACCGUCAUGUGUUCUUGCCCAAGGAGCUUGUGGGUCAGGUCCCCCAGGACCGCCUCAUGACGGAGACGGAGUGGCGCAACCUUGGCGUGCAGCAGUCUCGCGGCUGGAUUCACUACAUGAUCCACCGGCCUGAGCCCCACAUUCUCCUCUUCCGUCGCAAGCUCCCCAAUGCCAUCUAAACGAGCACACGCCAUCUGGUGCAUUGUGACGCCAAGGAUAGCGGGAAAGUGGUGAUGGUUGUUGUGGUGGUUGUUGUGAUGGUUGUU